AUGUCAACAUCCGUUGAAAAUUCGAUUUUCGAAAAACGGGAGAAUUAUUAUGAUAUUAAGUUUUUUCGCCUCAUAUCCCUCAAAACUUUUGAGUCAAAAGACGUUUUGAAUAAUAAUGCUACUAAUUGGAGUGAUAAAUAUGAUUCAAUGAAUUUAAUUGUGGCUUACGAAUCUCCAUUGAGAUAUAGUCACGCUUCGAACCAUAUGCAACCACGAAUACGUACAUGUUCACCGCAGCAUUUACAAUGCAGUUCUACAUUGAUUGAUAUUUUUUUAUUUGAAAACUCAUCUGUAAAUAAAUGA